UCUCAAUCUAUCAGAAAGACUACGCUGGGCUUACUCUGUGUGUUGUUCAUGGAGCUCUCCAGGCAGUGGUUAUGUUUCACACUAUGUGCUGACUGUCUGUACUUACAGAAGAUAUUUAAAAACAAACAGACUUUUUUUCAAACAUUUUGAUUCCAGUGGAAUCUGUGCUUUAGAUUUUUGUCUUGUCAAUUAACUCCUGAAACAAUGCCUGUACAAGCUCCACAGUGGACGGAUUUUCUCUCCUGCCCGAUUUGCACACAGACUUUCGACGAAACAAUCCGAAAGCCUAUCAGCUUGGGUUGUGGCCACACUGUCUGCAAGAUGUGCCUCAACAAGCUCCACCGUAAGGCAUGCCCUUUUGACCAGACCACUAUCAAUACAGACAUUGAACUCCUUCCUGUGAACUCAGCCUUGCUGCAACUAGUGGGUGCUCAGGUUCCUGAGCAGCAGCCAAUUACUCUAUGUAGUGGAGCUGAAGAUACCAAGCAUUAUGAGGAGGGCAAGAAAUGCGUGGAAGAGCUGGCACUGUACCUCAAACCACUCAGCAGUGCAAGAGGUGUGGGUCUUAACAGUACUACUCAGAGUGUGCUAAGUCGUCCCAUGCAAAGGAAACUUGUGACAUUAGUUCAUUGCCAGCUAGUGGAGGAAGAAGGGCGAAUCAGAGCUAUGCGUGCAGCACGGUCACUUGGUGAAAGAACAGUCACAGAGCUCAUUCUUCAGCACCAAAAUCCUCAGCAGCUCUCUUCCAACCUCUGGGCUGCAGUGAGAGCCCGAGGGUGCCAAUUCCUUGGACCAGCAAUGCAAGAGGAGGCUUUAAAGCUGGUUCUCCUGGCCCUGGAAGAUGGAUCUGCUUUGUCACGGAAGGUCUUGGUUCUCUUCGUGGUUCAGAGGCUAGAGCCGCGAUUUCCUCAGGCUUCUAAAACUAGCAUUGGGCAUGUUGUCCAGCUUCUUUACAGAGCCUCAUGCUUCAAGGUAACAAAACGAGAUGAGGAUUCCUCCCUGAUGCAACUGAAGGAGGAAUUUCGGACUUACGAAGCUCUGAGAAGGGAACAUGAUUCUCAGAUCGUUCAAAUAGCCAUGGAAGCAGGUUUACGCAUUGCACCAGAUCAGUGGUCCUCACUGUUAUACGGAGACCAGUCUCACAAAUCCCACAUGCAGUCUAUCAUUGACAAGUUGCAGACCCCAGCCUCAUUUGCACAGAGUGUUCAGGAAUUAACUAUUGCUCUUCAGAGGACUGGAGAUCCAGCUAACCUAAAUCGCCUUCGACCCCACUUAGAGCUCCUGGCAAAUAUCGAUCCCAGUCCAGAUGCUCCACCUCCAACAUGGGAACAACUGAAAAAUGGACUAGUUGCUGUGAGGACUGUGGUUCAUGGCUUAGUUGAUUAUAUUCAGAAUCACAGCAAGAAAGGAACAGAUCAGCAACAGCCUCCUCAGCACAGCAAGUACAAGACAUACAUGUGCAGAGACAUGAAACAGAGAGGAGGAUGCCCUCGGGGGGCCAGCUGCACCUUUGCACAUUCACAGGAGGAGCUAGAAAAAUUCCGUAAAAUGAACAAGCGUUUGGUUCCCAGAAGACCCCUGAGUGCCUCCCUGGGCCAGCUAAAUGAGGUGGGCCUGCCUUCAGGAGCUAUCCUCUCAGAGGAAGGGGGAGUGGACUUGCCCAAUAGGAAAACUUCUGCUCUGCCAAAUGGAAUUGUAUCAACAGGCAACACAGUGACGCAACUUAUUUCUCGAGGGACUGACUCCGGUUAUGAAACAGCUCUGAAGCCAGGGAAGAUGGACCAUUUGAGUAGCAGUGCCCCUGGAUCCCCUCCUGACUUGCUGGAACCUGUUCCCAAGAGCUCUAUUUCUGCCUUACCAGUGAACCCUCAUCCUGUGCCUGCUCGGGCACCAACAGAUCUGCCUUCGGUGUCAGUCACCAAGCAGUUGCAAAUGGUACCACGAGGGUCUCAGCUGUAUAAUACACAGCAAGCAGAUAUGUUUUAUCAAGAUCCUAGAGGAACUGCCCCACCAUUUGAGCCAGCACCCUACCAACAAGGAGUUUACUAUCCCACUCAGUCCAUGUCUCGCUUUGUCCGACCUCCUCCAUCAGUUCCUGAACCUGGUCCACCUUAUUUAGACCAUUACCCACCCUACCUUCAGGAUCGUGUGGUGAGCCCACAGUACACACAGCCGCAGCAGUAUCCUCCUAUGGGACAACCCAUAUACCCACCUCACUAUGACAGUCGUCGUGUGUAUCCCACUGUCCAGCCGUAUCAGCGAGAGGAGAUUGUCCGAGGAAGCCCUGUACCCAUUGAAAUUCCACAAGCAGCUGUACCCUCCUACAUACCUGAAUCAAGAGACAGAUACCAGCAAACAGAGGGUUAUUGCCCAGUGACUCCACAUCUAGGUCAGAUCAGACCUUCAUGCCACAGGCCUCAUCCCAGCCUGGAUGAACUUCAUCGGCGAAGGAAAGAGAUCAUGGCCCAGCUAGAAGAGAGGAAGGUGAUUUCUCCACCUCCUUUUGCACCAUCACCAACCUUGCCUCAUCCUUUUCAUUCAGAGGAGUACUUGGAUGAAGAUCUGAAGGUAGCUGGGAAAUACAAAGGAAAUGACUACAGCCAGUACUCUCCCUGGUCCUGUGACACUAUCGGCUCCUACAUUGGAACCAAAGAUGCAAAACCCAAAGAUGUUGUGGCAGCAAGGAGUGUGGAGAUGGCGAACGUAGAUAGUAAAGCCAUGCGUGACCAGCGAUUAGACAUGCAACGAAGAGCAGCAGAGACUGGUGAUGAUGACCUCAUUCCAUUUGGAGACCGACCAACUGUGUCGAGAUUUGGGGCUAUCUCUCGUACUUCCAAAGCCAUGUAUCAGAAUUCUGGUCCCAUCCAGGCCAUGGCAGUUCAGGGAGCUAACACCAAAUCUAUCAUUUCAGACUACAGUCCUUAUGGAACUCAUGGUGGCUGGGGAGGCUCUCCAUAUUCUCCUCAUCAAAAUAUACCUUCUCAGGGACGUUUCAGUGACAGGGAGAGAUUGUCCAUGUCAGAUGUGGCUGGUCAUGGGAAACAGUUGCCCUCAGCUGAAAGAGAGCAGCAGCUGCGCAUGGAGCUGCAGCAAGUAGACCAUCAGAUUAGCCAGCAGACACAAAUGCGAGGACUAGAGGCUGUUAGUAACAGGCUGCUGUUGCAGAGGGAGACGACUACCCUGGCAGGCCAACCACAGCCCCCACCGCCACCUCCCAAGUGGCCUGGGAUGAUCUCAAGUGAACAGCUGAGCUUGGAGCUACACCAGGUGGAAAGGGAAAUUGGGAAGAGAACCCGUGAGCUGAGCAUGGAGAGCCAGUCUUCACUGGAUAUAAAAAGCAAACUGAGCACCACUAAACAGACAGAAAAUGGGCAAUUAGAACCGCAAAGCAAGGUUCCAGCUGAGGACCUUGCACUGACAUUCAGCAGUGAUGUUCCAAAUGGAUCAGCUUUGACACAAGAGAACAUUGGCCUCCUGUCAAACAAGACAGCAUCUCUCAGCCUGUCGGACGACCCAGAGGGAGAAGGAGACAACCAUGACUCCCAGAGAGCGGGAGUUACACCCACAUCUGCUCCAUGAAAUGAGGCCAGAAUACCCCAGAGUUUCUUUUGCUGGGGUGUUCAUAGCUUCAGUCACUUUUUUUAUAGGGGUGAUUGGAGAAACCCAGGAGCAACAGCAGUAGCAGAGCAGCAGGUCCAGAGGCAAUGUGCACAAACACAACUACUAGAAACAAAUCCUGCACAUAGUUCACAUUAACGCAUUUUUUAAUUAAAAAAAUUAAAAUUAGCAGUAUCUGCAAGCAAUUCAAAUUAAAUUUGUUUUUGUUCUGUGAAUGAACUUUAUUUUAAUAACUUUGGACGCCUUGAAUCCCAGGGCUUAAAAAAAAAGAUAUUAUAUAUAUACUCUGUUUGAUUAAUUGUAUGAUCUUAAUGAAGUAGGUUUUUUUUCUUUUAUUUUGACAUUAUUACAUACCCAGUGCAUAAUUCCUUAUCACCUUUAAUUUCUCAACAACUAAAACACCCUGGCUGCUUCCUUGUGUGGUUUAAGGAUAAACAAGGAAUAAGGGUUGGAGAGUAGCUGUGAAUUGCAGUUUCAAAAGAUGUGCAGCAAACAUCAUUCUUAAAACAGUUCCUCCUAUUGUGGUUAGGAACUGAACACAAGCUUAUGCAAGACUCUUGUUUAAAUUACUUAGGUUUAAACUAUAAGUGACAGAAUCUUUGCAGUGCAACAGGUGUGGUCCUUACUGUGUGUCCCAGUGCAGCAUGUGCAAUAAAACAGGAUAACAAAAUAAGUGUCUAACAUUUUAUUUGAAGGUUGCUUGCCCUCUAUUUUGUUGGAACUAAAGAGGUCAGAGGAAUGCAGACCAGUCUACUACAGCAUGGUUACUUCUGAAGCUGGCUGGCUGGAGCUUGUGGUAGAGACUUAACUAAAGCCUCUCUACCUAACGUCUCUAACUAAAGUCUUUGCAGCAAUAAAGGUUGUGCAGCUGUGACCAGGGCAGAAUCUCAGGAAACAGGAAAUAGAGAGCACAUGAGGUUAUACGGUUGUUGAAAGGAUGCUAACUGCUGAUGAGCUGGUGAACUUGUUAUUUGGUGCAGUGUUUACUGUUCUGUUUGGGUUUGGAUUCUAAAUCCCACACACCUCCUAUCUCACUAUGCCUUUAAAACAAGCUUACCCUAAGUCCAGAUUAUUAAAUUGAUGCAGAAGGACUUUGUGACCUCUGCCUUUUGAAACCCAUCUUUCAUGUAUGCCUCCUUCUCAGGAACUCUUGCCUUUGGGUUUUUUUAAUUGCUAUUUUAUUAUUAAAAAUAUUUUCUCUGUAACCUGAUUUUUUUUUUCCUUCUGUUCAGUGAUACAUUGAUUACUUAAUUGUAAUGCUGUUAUGAGGACCUUUUACUGAAGGAGAUCAACAUCAUUGCCAUCAGUGAUGAGCACAAAGCAAUCUUCAAAUAGAACAGAGAGAGAUUUUUUUUUUGAAACUUAAAAAUUCUGUGUGUAUUAGAAUUGGAUACCUGUGAAUCAACCUGCCUCUUGUCUCCCACCGCUGCCCUGAAUCCUUCCUAGAUUACCCCUUCAUAGGGGGAAAAACUGCAUCAAAAUGACCACUUAAGGCGCAGCACAGAUCCUGUCAGAAGUUGUGAAAAGUGAACUUUGCGUGAUAAAUCUAGUGUGCUACCUCCAAGAUGAUGCUUUGUAAGCUUAAGUUGGAAAAACAGUAAUCCUUCGCAGAUGUUUUCUUUAAAAGUUAAAGAAAUCAAGAGAUUUUGGUUUUGCUGCACAUUUUUUGAAUCUUUCAACAUGCAAUGCAAUGGGACCCUGUACUUGGAAGAAUCCCAUGGAGAAUGACUCAAGUGCUGCUCCCUCUGUACCUUCUUGGCAUGUUCUCGUUUUUUCUUUCUUGGUUAGACUACUAAAUCGGAAAGCACUGGUUAUGUAAUAAAUUACUGCAUUGCUUUGGUUGGGUAAAGCAAGAGUUAAUAAAUUUUCUUGGUUUUUAGGUUUUUGUCCUUAACUCCUCCUGAGGUCAUAGCAACCUUGGGCUAAGCUUUGCAUUCAUCAUACUGUUAAAUAAAACAAAAUGGGGGGGGUGGGAGGGGAUACAGUCCCACUAUUGCCUACCAGUAGGAGAUUCCAAACAGAAGACUCUUUUGAGUAGCAAUUAUUUAAUUUGCCCAGUCAAGGCACCGCGUUUAUAUACUAUUUCACAUUGAAUUUGAUUAUGCCCUACAGACCUGGCUGGUCAAGGAUUUGAUACACAUAUUGGCUUGGGAUUCGAGCUUUCUUUUUUAUUUAAAUAAAAAAUUAUAUGUAUAUAUAUACAUAUAUACAUAGUUAUAUCUGUAUAUAUAUUGGGUAUGUUUUAAGAAUUUUUUCGCAUGAGCGCAGCUGUUGUGAUCAAAUGUCUGGGAGGUAGAAGCACUGAAUGAAAAUAAAAGCAUUUUUCAGCGCACACACCUAUGCUUUCCAUAUGUCUUCACACAGGUUUAUUUCACUCUCAGUUCAUCCUUGGCCUCUUGAUUGCCAAAUAGUUUUGAAGCUUGCUUUUUUUCUUUUCCUCUUCUAACCCCUCUGAACUUUUGGCAACAAAUUAUCUUUGCACUAGAAUAGCUUCAUCUACACUUUGUCACCAUCCAUCCGUGUCUCCUGCUUGAGGCCAAGCAUUGCAGCUGCUCCCCUUUGAGCUGAGCAGAACUAGGAUGAUGCAAUUUUAAGCCCAUCAGAUCUGUUCCUCCUUGACUCUGGCCAUGGUGAUGAUUAACAUGUUCCCCUGGCAGCCUGCUCACAAGUCAACUGAAACAGGCACCCAUGCUCUCUUCUCCCAUCCUUUAGUGUGGAGCACCAUCAUCAGGUUAGUCUUUUCAUUUUUAAUUAGUCUGUUCUUCCUGCUGUGUCUUUAUUAACACAGGGAGCUCAUUUUAGUUGAGAUAAUUAGUGAUGUAUUCUAAUCUAGGAGGACAAGCCCAGAAUGAACAUUUUUGACUGCAUUAAUUUUUGAUGUAAAAUGAAUUUUUGAAGACGGUUAUAUGUUUGAAUCUACAAAUUCAUCUUCAACACUAGAAAGAAAAUCUGCAGGGGCAAAAAAAUUUUUACCUUUUAUUAUUUGUACCAGUUAGUUUCCUUGCCAGGUUAGGGAUUAAUUCUUUUCUCCACUUCUGCUCCUGAGAGGAUUUAUGCAGUAAGAGCUAUUCAGAUUGCUGGCCUACAUAGUGUGAAUGCUUCUAAAACCUGUAGAUUAGAAGGGAGAUCUUACUGUUGUUUUUUAAUCCUCUAUCCAGCUCUCCAUUCUGUACUUUGUGCACAGUGGCCUUGUGAUCAGUGUAUCCAGGUGAAUGCCCUGUUUGCCCAGUAUUAUAGUUUGGCUUGUUAAAGUUUGUUUAAUACCUAACAAUAUUGAUUUUUGGCUUUGUUUUUUCCCAUCCUCCUCUUAGCCAUUUUCUGCUUUUUUUGCAGAAGUUUAGUCAAUUAAACAAGUCAACCAGCAAAAUGUGGUGCAUGCUUUUAAGUCUUUUGAGGAAGCUCUCUCUAAAAUGUACCCUUUGUGGAAAAGCAUGCUAGUAGAAUUGGGGGGACAGAUAGCUCUCUGUAUAAUGGAAGCAUUGAUGGUUACAGUAAAUGAGCAUGGAAUGAGUAUUUCUGCAGUAACUAUCCUGCUGCAUGCAUGUUUAUAGCCAUUGUUCUAGUUGUAGACCUCAGUAAAAUUGGUCUCAUUUAGAAAGUGGUUUAGUUCCUUCUACCUGGGUGAGAAGAAACAGUAUUGAAAUGCUAUUAGGGCACUACUGCAUCAUUUGGUAGGUGGGUUAAAUUUUCCCUGGCAAGUAGACAGCUUUGAACCCUCAUGGAUACCUGGGUUUCAGCCUCAGCAUGGGCAAAACCCCCAGAAUUAGGAAGCUUUAAGUGUUAGGUUAAGCUAUAAUAUGUCAGUGAUUCAGAUGGUGUAGAAAACAUUACUUUAUUCUUUAGUGUUAUUUUCCUUUUUUUUGUCAACAUCUGUUCAUUUCCUACAACCUAGUUCUCUUACAAGAAGAAAUUUGUGCUUUUUAUUCUGCUCCUCUUGUAUACUGUGGUAUCCUGUCCCAUUUCAGAGUAGGACUUUUUUUUUUAAUCAAGGUAGAUCACCCACCUUUCAAACUUGCAGCACUGUUACCCCUUUGUUCUCAAGGUCUUCUCUGUCUAGUUUUUUCUGAGCCUUGUUCUCUCCCUUCAGUCCAUAUGCUCCUUCCUUUCCUUCUGUGGCUUGCCCAUUCACCCUCCCUGGUUGUGUAACAGUGACAGCUUGCUGCCUCAAAACAGAGCAUUCAAAUGAAUUCGCUUAGCCAAUAACUUCUGUGAAGUUGCCUUUUCUAAUGGUGUUAUUACUCAGUGAUGCACAAAUGUGAUAUUGCCCCUACUGGUAGGCAAACGGGGGAUCUGUAUAAACAUGGUAAACUGCUGUUUUUCUUUAAAGGAGAGCCAAAGACUUGUGCUUUACACUUUUUUUUUUUGUUCCCCUCGUGUAGCCAUUUUGAUUGUCAAAUCUUUGUAAGGGGUUUGUGAGUUGACUGUAUUAUCCUAAUAACAAUAUACAAAUCGUGAUUGUCAAGCCUUAUCCAUGCAUUAAAUUGUAGAAAAUCAUUCUGUUUAGUCAUAAAAUUUGCAAUGUACUGAGAUGUAUAUGGGGUAUUCUGACAUGUUUUCAGUCUCUCUUGCGUUCUCUCAACUGACAGAAUGGCUCGUUUAGAGAGGGAGAAGGACUUGUAGGAAUUUUAUGUAAUCAAAGAAACCUUAUCUUUGAGUGUUUAUAUCUAAAUUGAAUACUGAUUUAAAAUUUCUUCAGUUACAGUAAAAGAUCAAUCUGUGUUGCAAAUGUGACUUUUAAGCCCAUUGGAACUGAAAGGACUUAUCAAAUUGUAGCAUUACAUUAAAUUAGAUGUGGAAGAAGCAAACUUGUAUGAAGAUAUUGUCUCUUGACAGCAAAAAUUGAGUUAGGUGGGGCAAAUUCUAUACUAGAAGGUGGUAGGAGUGAGGCUUUUUAUUGAUAAUACAAGAAAGCUGCUUGCAUUUCCCUUUCUUGAUCUGACUUGAACUCUUGCAGACUGUUACUCUUUAGGUUUGGAAAGAAAUCUGUAAGUCAGAGAAGCAUAAACCCUCAUGUCCAUUGCCAUUUUCAUUUUAAAAUCUGGACUGUAAUGAAGCAGACUUACAAUAUAUAGUAUUGUUAUCUGAAGAACCCUGAUGUAAAAUAUCUUUGAUUAACUAGCCGUGGUCCAGGAAACUCAGUGCUAUUGUCAGGAGGCUCAACAGCAGAAGUGCCAACUCAUCUUCUGUUCUAAAAUGGGGGGAAAGAACCCGUAUAAACAGUGCGCAAGUUCUGUGUUUGUCUGCGUGCAUAUGAAGAAGUUUUUAUAGUUCUAGAAUAGAUAGAAGGAAUACAGACCAAGGCUGGGGCAUGGUGUUAGCUUCAUAUUUGAAUUUUGUUAUCAUUCACUUUUCGAAAAUACACACUUCUAUUGCGGCCUUGUAAUGUUGAUAGCGCUGAUAUAAAAACACUCAAAAAAGUGUUAGCAAUUCAGUUUUUUGUAUCACAGUCAGUUCCCCUGGAUGGGGAAAAAAAAAGAAAAAACAAAUUCUUGAGUUGUCUAAAAGGUAAUUUAGACACAAACUGAAAAAAUCUGCUUUGCUUGAGUUAAAUGUAAACUCAACUUAUGAGGAAAGUGAAGCAGCUCUUCUGAGCCACUUUCUAGGUAUAGCCUUGGUGCUACCAGUUGGAGGGUGGUUACUUGUGGUAUACCAGCAUACAGAUUAUAUAGCACACAUUGGCUUGUUCUCAGAUAUAAUCUGAAAUGCCAAAAACUUUAUUUGGGAUUCUCCUUUUCUAUACUCAACUGUUACCAACGUCACUAUUUUCUGUGGAAAUGUCAGGGGGUGAAAGAGGCUUGAGUAAGUUAGUUCAAGUUACUUAUACAAGUAAGUGACUUCAGGGAACAUUAUCCCAACACAGUGUCCUUUAUACAAUUAACAUGUGGUCUUUAUUGUGUAGGAAGAAGAAUGUAACUGCUUAGUGUUGUCACAGUCUUUGAGGCACUUCUUGUGAUGCAGGUAGAGCCUUGAUUAGAGGGAAAGGAGAACAAACCUAAACUGAUUUUUUCUAUAUUUUAUUUUCUAAUGGCAAGUAUAAUACCAUACCAUGGAAACUCCUUGAAUGCUAUGGUAGGCAAAGAAGGUGCAUUUUUUUCUGAAAUUUCCCAAUAAAUAAAACCUGUAGGAAUAUGGAUUUGUCUGUCAGGAACAUCCCAGUCAUUUAAAGCUUAGAGUAUGUGACCAUAAUAAAAUUGAAUGCCAAUAGCUUAGUAACCUAAGCAAUUAACUGCUCUUUCCCAGGCAAUCUUUGCAAUUCCAGUAAGUUAAAUAUGAUUUUAGGGAAUGUUUAGGUGCCUAGCUUCAUCCAGCAAGGCAGGUGCCUUUGGUGUGCCGUCCACACACUGGAUGUUUUCAUAUUCCAGAAAACAACUGAUUUUAAGAUCUGAAAUUCUUAGGCAAACACAAUAACUUCAAUCUGAAAGAUACAGUCUUGGGAAAGAUGGAAGCAACAGGUGGUACAGUGUCUCUGAAAGUAAAAAGUACUAGAGAUGAUGGAAUUACAUACAACAUGUAUAUGGGGAAAAUAUAUCUGUAAGCAAAAAAAUCUUGUGGAGUGUGAUAUUUCAGUAAUUACUUGCUUUGUUGUAAUGUUAAUAAGAUUUAUUAAUAGUUCUGUGACAGACAGUACUCACAAGUCUUUGGCAUCCAACCCAGAUUGUGUAUUGGAUGGAUCCCACAACUGGAUGUGUGCACUGACCUCUUUAUUUCUAGCUUUUUAAAAAUAAACUUAGUAGCAGCAUUUUGUGUAUGUGUGAAGCCACUUGAGUCAGAGAGAAGAAACCCUGUUCACGUCACAGCUGCUGCACAGUUUACAAUUGAUACCUUUAAUUUGCAGCCUCUCUUAAGGGAAGCUGCUCUUAUGUGGGCAAAUCUAACACUUCAAAUUACUACAAUUUUUCUCUGAAUUUGAGGAGUUCUCAUUACCCGUUUGGCCUCUGCUUGCUGUGUAAGCAGCCUCUAUGUGAAGAGCUUUUCUUAAAAUCAGCUUAGCAACUGUGCUGUAGCUUGGUUAUUUUUCCCUGUUUUCUAUAACUGGUAGCAUAGUUUUGAGCUCUUUCCCCAUUGUAUUUGUUGCUUUGGGGAGAUGAGUUGAGGCAAGAUGUGUGUGAGGAGGGUGGAAGAGCCAUGGGAUAUUCUGUACGGCAGCUCCCACCCCUCUUUGAAAUCAUCUGCUUCCAGUUGUGGGAUUUCUCUAUAGAUGAUGUUUUUUUCCUGUUUUUUGUAAGCCUAGUUUUCUUUGAUCUUGUUAGUUCCAUACAAGUCUCCCCGAGACAUUCUGCAGUCAUUAUCACCUUUUUGGGUGGAGUUUAUUUUAUUUUUGGAUUGUUUGGUUUUUGAAAUAACUUUUUAACAUUAAUGCAUAUAUGCUUGGGAUAGAGCUCAUGUAAUUUUCCAAUCGUAUUGAUUGUAUGUGAUUGUGCCCUGCAGAGGUAUAUUUAACAAAAAAUAAAAAGGAUAGUCUAGGUAAUAAAGGAGACGAUGAGAUUUGUUGAGUCAGGUUAUGAACUAUUUCUUGAAUUUGUUUAGAAUCCUGAAUAAGUGAAAUUCCCUGUCUGCUGUUCUCAUAAAUCAGUGCUAAACAAUGUCACGCAUGUUCUCUUUCUGUUUGAACUGCUUCUUUACUUGCUUCUUCAGCUGUUUUCUUCCUUUCCUGCCUCUCUUUCCCAUUAAAAAAAAAUAAUAAUCUUUAUGGGAAUAGCUGACUCCAGGUUGGUAUUGUGAAUAUGUUUGUAACUAUCAAAGCAUUUUUAGUAGGAGUAGAGCUCAAGCAGAAUGUAUAAGAGUUCCAUCAACUGGAUUGUUUGCAAGUUCAGGGGUGUUUUUGAGUUGUACAUAAAGGCCUGGUCAGGGGGGAGGUGCACAAGGCAUUUUGAUGCUUUACUACCUUUUGGAACAGCUCUGACAUGACAAAACAAGUAGAAGAAAGAGUUCACUAUUUCCAACUCCCCGUGUCUUUACUCCUGCAGUAUACUUUUUAAACUUGAAAGAAACACUUUCUAGAUACUAUGCAGAAGUGGGAUAGAGUGGAUUGAAGGAGGCAAAACACAAGAGAAUCCAGAGAUCUGAAAGUCAGUGUUUGUCUCCUUUAUUUCUUUUUUAGAACUAUAGAGCCAACAGUGUCACUUCUGUAUUAAAGAACAAGGAAGUGGUAUGUGUGCAUGAUGGUUAUAUAGAAAAAGCCAUGUGUUGAAAUACUGGGUUUUUUUUCCCCUCUUCACCUUGCUUUUCUCUCUCACAAAGCUGAUUCAACUUCAGUUUGCUUCCACACAGUAUCUAAGGGUCCUUUAAGUUGCAGAUUGAACAACAACAAAGAGUGGAAAGGUGGUGAUUCACUAUUUGGUUUGUAAAUAGAUGGAAGUGUCUACAAGAUCUUACCUGCUUUUCUGUCAGCAUUUAUAUUAAAUGAUAAAUUACUGGAGAACA